AUGGCAAGCCUGUCGUGCCUGGCGUAUGGUAGCCAGGCCGACCCGACUUUGAAGGAGUUGGGCGAAGCCAACAAAAAGCAGCCGAUGCAAUCCAUCGUUUCAUUCACAGUUCCAACAAGUUUUUGGUACCUUAGGCAUUUUGACCUCAAGGCAAUGGAUUAUGUGGACUUCGUCAACGUUAUGAGCUACGAUUUGCACGGUGUCUGGGAUUCGACGAAUCCUAUCGGCAACAAAGUUUACGGACAUUUGAACCUUACAGAGAUCAAACUUGCGCUUGACCUGUUUUGGCGCAAUAUUGUGAAGCCUGCGAAGCUGAAUCUUGGCCUGGGAUUCUACGGCCGAAGCCUUCAUUUGUCCAACUCCGCCUGUUACCAACCAGGAUGCAGCUUUAAAGGCGGUGCUGCUCCGGAACCAUGCUCCUACAUAACCGGGAACAAUGACCAGUGGGUGUCAUACGAUGACAAAGAGACAUUCAAAGCUAAAAUCGACUUCGCCAAUAAGCAGGGACUCGGUGGAUUACUCAUAUGGGCCAUUGAUCAAGACACAGAUGAUCUCGAAGCUCUCAACGCAGUAGUCAGCCCCAAAUCUGUCAAAUCUCUGGCUAUGACUGCCGAUGACGCUUCAUACUGGGACGAUGUCACUGUUCCUGAUUGCUACGUUACCGAUUGCGGUGGCACCUGCAAGGCGGGCUUUUUCAAGAUCACUCAACAGACCUGCGGCGGCGCCAAACCAUGCACCCGAUCCGAAAAAUGCAAAUGGCGUGGAAAUCCAACUUCCUGCAAUGGUCACUGCCAAGACAAUGAGGUCAUGCUCCAAAUGAACAGAUGGGGCGAUGGGAAGUAUUGCGAAGAUGGAAAUAAGGUCUACUGUUGUGAGUCGCCAGCGGCGAAAGGACACGACUGUUGCUGGGCUGGUGUCAAUCAAGCGUGCAACAAAGACGACACAACUAUGACUUUCUCGGGUACCUUUAUGAGUACAAUCGCUGACCUCGCCGACACGAUAUCAUUAAUAGGCACGCCAUUGAUGCAGAAACAAUACUGCUGUCCGAAGAAAGACGCGAAGAAUUGGAAAAACUGUCGUUGGCACGGCGACACCACCUCCUCCGAUACUUGUUACGACAAUCAUUGCCCUGUAGGGAAGCAGGUACAGCUCACAGUCAGCCCGUACGGCGGCGGAAUAUCUUAUUUUCCACGCAUGGAACGAUCGAGAGUUUACUGUUGCGAUCCUGCAGGCGGGAAACAGCUGUUUCUACCGGUUCCUUUGGACCGUCUUUUCAGUGACCCGCCCACAGGUAGCGACUUUGUCGUCUUGGCAUCACCUGAAGAGCUUCAGCACUCCCUUGACAAGCGAGACGGACCGCAUUGGGAGUUGUUCAACUGCAAGGGCGGCCUGAGUGAGGACGAGCAAACGAUACAGAUGUUCUGCAGCGAUGAUUCAGAAGCCAGUAAUUGCCGCAAGAUUGGACUUGGACACGGUGUGCCUGGUACCAUCCUGGAGAUGCCAGAAGGGUGUGGAGCAGGCCGCUACGCAGUUGCCAAAUCCAUGGUGCUUUCGAAGGACCCCAGUAUACCGCAUCAUCUGGUCAAACGGUUGGCAGGGAAUAGGAAACCGAUAGUGUAUGAUCUCACCUUUGAUUACGCGUUCCAUCGCGUGCCUCGAGGGGUUGGAGAGACUCAUGUGCGAAUCGACUUCUCGAACAAGGACAACUACUGGGAUAACGUUGUUGCUGCAGCCGCUAGCAAGCGCAAAGCCAAACGGUCACUUUCCGAUUUUGGCGGCAAUCACAAGAGGUGGCUUGAAGAAGAAGAAUGGAGAGUUGACUGCCAUGGCGGCAUGCUCAGCUACGAAGAUCUUCACAAACGAUGGUUUGGCAAAGACAUCAUUUCCUGGCUUACGAAUCUGAUCACGCCUGAGAUCAAGAAAGAGUUCACGCCCAACUUCAAAGAGCAGUUCAUUGCCAAGAUCAUUGAUGACGUGGUCGAUUGUGGAGAAGAAAAUACAAAAUUACAUGCGCAUAUUCUUGCGCAAGCGUUUACAGAUGUCAGCAUCUCGACGAGCUUCGGAUUCACGCUUAUUACGAAGCUGGACUUUGCGAGCGAAGGAAGCCCUCUAGACUUAAGCCAGUCCUAUCUUACCUUUAUGAACGAAGGCAAGGUCACAGCGACUUUCACUCUUGAGGCACUCAUUAGUGUCACUUACGAAUCAGGUGAGAAAACCAUAUUGACACUGCCUUUCCCUGGUGCAACUUUCCAGGUACCAGGCAUCGUCACAAUUGGACCUUCCGUCAGGGUCGCUGGCGAGUUCAAUGUUGCCUUGACGCUCUCUGCCGAGAUUGAGACACAGGUUGACCUUGCCGGUUGGGAAGUACGCCAGACUUACCCGGCCGCUGAAAAGAACUACGAACCCAAGGUUGUAGAUGACCUAGAUGCUGGAAACACUGGUGACCAAAACGGUCUUCUAGAACCCCAAUUUUACGCUGCUGUCCAGGAAGCGGACAAGGCGGAAGCUCAUCUGAAGGUAAUCGCUGAGUUUGGCAUUCGUUUUGAUUACAGCUGGAAGGUCGGAGCUGCCACAGCUGGUGUUGUCGUGGAUGAAUACGUUCGAUCCGAUGUUGGCGCAGGCAAGAGUACAGAAGCAACGUGCCCUUGGACAUACGGAAUGACUCUCGGUGCGAAGCUGUAUGCACAAGUCGAUACUCCUCAGCAGUUUGGUUGGGACAAGAACACCUGGGAUCUGCCAGGCUCUGGAGAGGUAAAUGUUAUCCCUGGCGGUAAAUGCCCUGAACUUCGAACCGGCCAGCCGACAAAGCGGAGCCUGCUUUUGGAUAGCUACAACGAAAUCCUUGAUACUUCAUUUCAUCAAGAAGGUGGCUUGUUAGUCAUCAGACCACACAGGUUUGGAAAACGAGCAGUCCAAUGGGGCCCGCCGUUUCAUGUCGAUCUUCAGAACCUGCUUUGUCAAGGCGCAAUUAGACCCGCUAAGGACGGACCAGAGUGGCAAGAAGACAAAAGUAUCGUAAAACGUGCAACUGGUGACAUCUCAACCCAUCAUCGACUGGAAAAGCGUGCUGGUCCCAAGAUAGGCAUGUUCUGCGCCAGUGAUGCUAGGAUUGUCAUCAAAUCUUUAACUUAUCCAUCCUCCGGAGAGCUGCAAGCAGCUGUUCCUGGUGCUGUUGCAUAUGGAUAUACAAAUCCUUCUCAAUGCACGGGUUCUGGUUUCGGGCAAAUACCGUAUCCUACAGAUACGGCGAGAUAUGCCACCGAGCAUAUCUUAGAGUUUCAGAUGGCCACACAAUUUUUUGAGUGGUAUGAGUUCCCUGGUAACGGCAACAAUUUUCUUAACGAGUUUGUGCUCCUUGACUUAGAGGUCAACAAUCUAACAGAAGGGAUAUGGGGCGCCAGCGCCGCACGCAACAAAUUUACCUUCCAGGAAUAUGCCGGCUGGGGAAACAACCUUUUCAAAUACGUCAAUGAUUCUAUCAGUGUCCUCAAAUACCAUGCUGAUCCGACUAUUCAAGCUAUCUUAAUCCGACAGAAGAACCGUAUCGGCGCUCGGCUGAACCUACCCGAGGCAACAUAUUUGAAUCAGAUUUCGAAAGUUGUCGAGAACGGUGCAACUGACACAUGGGCUUCUCUUGGAUUGCAGGCUGAAUGGGAUACUUACAUGCGGACCAGGACAGCAGAAGCAAUCACCAAAGGGUAUGGUAACGUAGAAGCAUCUUUGGCGGCAUUGGAAGAAGGAUAUGCGACACCGCUUCAAUGUCAAGCGGCCCAAAGUCAAACUCCAGAGGCAGUGGCUCAGCAAACUUUCAUCAACAAAAUCGAUGCAGCAAGGGCCGAAUGGACGAACAAUCGGCCGAUAUGGAUUAAUACUUUCUAA